AUGGCGUCAUCGCAAAUACGACAAUUUGCCACACUAAUAGACCAGUUGCCCUGUGAAUCCGAUGAUUUUAAUUUAAUGGGAAAUUUAGAAGAUUACAACAAAUGCUUCGAAGUACCUGGACAUAAUAAUAACCUAAAAAAUUAUGGUUCUUUUCCACAAUUUAAUUCAAAAAUAGGUGAUUAUAUAAAUACCAUACCCUCUAACAGUGAAAUUAAUUUAAAAUGUAAAAAAGGAAAUAAUAAAAAAAAUUAUAAUUGUUGUAUUAAAAAAAUUGCAAAUUUGGAAAAUCCAAAUAAUUCAAAAAAUAAAUUCAAUGAUGGAAACAAAUUAAAUCAUUCCAAUUUGAAAACUUCGAUAAAAAUUGCGUCUAAUUCAUAUAACAAUAAUUACCAAAAUAAACAAAUUAAUAAAAAAAAAACAAAUGAUGAAAAUUGUAUUAUAAAUAAAAAUAACAAAAAUGUAAACAAUAAAAGUUCUAAUAAUAAGAAUAAUACUAACAGCAGUAAUAAUUUUGAUGAAAAUAACAUCAAUCCAUUACUUUAUCACACUACAUUGCUUAAAAAUGAAACCAAUAGUUGCUCAAAAAAAAAUAUAAAUAAUUGUAUGAAAGAAAUAAGGUGUAAAAAUAGUAUAAGUAAAAAGGAUUUUCAAAAUAAAAAUACUGUGUGUAAAAUUAAUGAUGUAAUAUUAAAUGAAAGGUAUGAUAAUAAUUCAUCAAAUAAAUGUUCUCAUGUAAAUGUCACGGUCGGGCAUAAUGAUGGUCACAAUAAUGAAAGUGUUGAUUGUAUAAUGGUAAAUGUUCCUGAAAAUAAAAACAAUGUUAAUUAUAAUGAAAAUGGCAAUUAUGGACAUUUUGAGAAAUAUGAAAAAUGUAAUGAGUAUACUAACGAUGGUAAUGGAGAAAAUUACAACAAUUUGGGUAUCUGUGGUAAAUGUGAUAAUGAGGAUGUUUCUAUGUACAACUUUAGUAACACUAUAAACGAUAAUUCAUAUGAAGAUACUGAAAAAAAUAUUGUUUAUAGAUAUAACAUAAAUUCAAAUGUUGCGCAUUGCAAAAAUAAUAAAAAUAAUCAAAAUAAAAAAAAUUUAAGCAGUUUUAAAACGUGUCUUUAUACAAAUAAGGAUGAUCACGAUAAUGUGAAUAUGCCUUUUCGCAAGAACCAUCACAAUUUUUUCAUUUCAGCGGAUGAAUCAAACAAGAACAAUCAACGUAGUGAUUUACAAAUGGAUACUACAUUUUUUAAUAAUGAAGAAAAUAGUAACGAAAUAAACAAAAGUAAUGUUAGCAUAAACCAUAAAAAUCACGAUGAUUUGGGUGAUAAUUCCAAUUCAAAAGAAGCGUCUAAUGCAAACUCUAUUGUGAUAUACUAUAAAGAUUUUUGCGAUAUACUAAAAAAAAAUGAUGAAAUGAAUAAAAAGAUAUUAUUAUCAAAAAAAGCUAAGAUAAUUAAAAUUGAGCCUAAUAAGUCCUUAAUUAUAUUCCCAAUAAAUAUGCAUGAAUAUGGAGAUAAAUACAUUGCAGUAAAUCAAAAUGAUUUAUUAGAUUAUAUAGUAUCAUCAAUUGAAAUAGAUAAAGAUGAUAAUAAUAUAUCCUCAUUAAAAAUAAGAAAUUAUCAAAAAGAAAAAGAACUACAAAAUAUAAAAGCGGCUUAUAGUAUGCAGACAACAAAUAUACAUUAUUUAAUAAAUAGAGUCAUAUUUAAAGAAUGUGAAUAUGAAAAUUUAAAAAAUAUAAAUUUAACUUUAGAACAAGAAAUAAGUAAAUUAAUUCAAGAAGUAAAUUAUUUAUUAAUGUUAAAUAAAGAUGGAUUAUAUAUGCAAAAACUUUUUAUUGAUUAUAAAUGUAAAUGUGUUUUAAAAUUACAACAAUUACAACCUUUGUUAGGUGAUUAUUAUUUAGACAUAUUUAAUUGUAUAACUUCAUGUAGGACAUUAGGACAACUAAGUGUAUGGAUACCAUCCUUUGAGAUGAAAGAUAAUGGGUCGUUAGAAAAUAUUGCAAAUAGUUUAAUAAAUAUUUUAUUAAAUGGUUUAGCUGCCCCAAUAAAUUCAUCUCCUCAUUACUUUUAUAAUGGCAAAAACAGAAAUGAUAGUAAUAAUAAUAGUAAAGAAACAAACGGAAAAAAACAAUUUUUGAAUAAAUCAAUUUCCUUUAAUUCUGAAGAAGAUAUAUUUCUUAAUAAUAUGACAAAGGCAAACACUAGUGAUAAUUAUUUAGUUAACAAUUUGAAUAAUCUUAAUAUUAUAAGGGGGAAUAGCUCACAAUUGUGUAAUUGUUAUUCCUUAUCAUUGAAUAGUGAAUCUUCUUUUUUGGGAACAGAAGAAUUAUAUUUUAAUUCUUCAAAAUUUCCAUCUAUGCAUUCGGUUAUAUUAAAAAAUCCGAAUGACAAACGAGAUCCUACGAAAAAUGGAGUCGAUUUAGAACAUAUAUCCCAGCAAAGAAUGAUAGAUCAUCAAGGACUGAACAAAUUAAAUAGAUCUCAUACGACCCCUGAGCAAAUUUACAUAAACAAUGAAUUCUAUACUAAUAGUGAUAUUGGAAGUAAUAAUAGCCACUAUAUAUAUAAUAAUACUAACAUUAAAAACAGAAGUAAUACACUAGAUAAAUUUUUAAUAUCUCAAGAUGAUAAAAAAAAUUUUAAAAGAAAGCAACUUACAUCCAAUAAUGAAAAGAAAGAAAAUAAAAAAUUAAAAUAUAAAAGUAAAUCUGUGUUAAAUAAUAUUUUUCAAAAUAAUAGUGAAAUUGAAAUUAUGAAAAAUCCUAUAGUUCAAAAUACGAUUACCGAGCAGAAAGAAUUGGACAAAAAGGAUGAGGUUGUAAGUGAAAAAUAA